CAGUCGGUGGGAUGAUUUGAACUCACCACCUGCCACUGUUCAGCACGACCUUGGCUACCGCGAAUGAGCGGGUAAACAUGUACACACAAGCCAGUGUAGAAACGGUAUGGCGAACCAUUUGAUGUCUACCAGCACAGGAGUAUGUGUGCGGAUGACACUCAUCGCUAGGAGUUUUUCGCGCUUACGGGUACUUUUCAGUAACAACAUAUUGCUGGGGACGUCAAUGAACAAAUGUUCUAGUGGUGUCACAUGAAACCUCACGUUACGCCGCUGUGAAGUCACUAAAUGGGAAUCUUUGUGUACUCAUCCCAGUACGAGUGAACGAAGACCGCACUAACAAAUAGCCAGAAUGAAUGAAUGAUGUUGAUUCUCGGAUCUGGCAUUCAUGCAUUGCGAAGAGAAGAUACAAGGAUAAACAAAAAUAAGUAAUAAGCACCGACAACGGUAAAUGUUCACACAACCGCGAUUAGCCUAUCGUGGUCCGGGAACCGUUACCGUGAUCGCAUUACAGUCUACAAAAAUGUCCCUGUGAUCUGCAAGAAACGAGAGAACAAGACAAAGCACCGCGCAGGCACUCCGGGAGAGUGAAGCAUCUCGUUAGUGUACAGGGGUCGGAUUCACAAACGCGAUCAUAAGUUACGCUAAGAUGCGCUAAGACGUCGUAGCCUGCGACGCGCGUACGCGGCGUCGUAAGCGCGAUUCACACAGCUAUCGUAGUGGAGAGGGUACCCCCUUUGACGAGGAAGAGGAAGUUGCUCGUUUCCUGUCACGUGCACCUCCGAGAGAAACAGCCAAAGGGUGCGAGACUAUCCCCCGAAUUCUCGGUCCGCCCUUUAUUCUUGCCCUGAGGGCCCCUUGACAAGGGUUCCCUCAAGGGGAUCACUCGAGGGAAGGGCGCGUUUGAUUCCCAGCGCGCACUCGGCAGGCCCUUGGCGAAGCGCGUGACGUUUACAUUCCCUGGCGCUCGCGCGUGCGCAGACGACCCGGCUCUCGCUUGUCGUCUGCUACACGAUUGCUCCAUUUGUCCUGUUUGCUGCCGGUUGUUUUUUGUCGCUGGCUGAUUUGAAAUGGAAGCGUCACAUUCUUCGCAGCGAACACCAUACACGGUGGAAGAGAAAGAACUUCUUGUGGAACUGGUUUCAAAAUAUAAAACAAUUAUAGAGAACAAGCAAUCCGACAACGCUAUGCUCCGAGCCAAAGCCCGAACCUGGGAAAAAUUGGCUCAGGAAUUUAACGCCCAGACAAACGUAACAAAGAGGGACGUUAAACAACUAAAAAAGUGCCUCGAAAACAUCAAGUUCAAGGCUAAAAAGGAAAACGCUAGGCAGCGGCAGCAUAUUUACGCUACCGGCGGCGGGCCUCCCUUGAACAGGGACGACUCGGAUUCCGUGUCUCAAAGAAUCAGCGAUGUACUCCCACACAUCUCAUAUCGUAUUCCAAAUAGGUAUGUGUGGAUAGAUGUGGAUGUGUGGAUGUAGGUGCACAGCCCCUGCAUAUACUGCAUUAAAUUCGUAACUGGCAGGGAAGCCUGCUGUGCAAUACACUGCGACUGCUCAUGUACGACUUCCAUAUUCUAGCUGGGACAGUGACGCACUGGACGGUGCUGGGUCAUCAAUGCGUGCACCUCAUGUUGCACAGAGUGAAGGAGGCGACCGUGAGAGUGCUGGAGAGCUUCUUCAAAACAUUGAUGCUGAGGACGACAAUGAGGACUCCCACGCUGCUGUCAGUACGCCUGCAGCUGAUGGAGGAGCUGCACGCGGAACACGGCCAACAAAUAACAGCUCUGACAAUGGAUCCCAUGUGCAAGCCACAGAGUCACAGCUCACAACAAGAAAAAGGCCCCAUACUAUCGCAGAACAGGUCAGGGAAGAGGUCACAGCCCGUGUGGAAAAGGUUGAAGCAGAGAAAGUAGCAGCACUGGGGCUUUAUGAAUUGAAAAAGAAGUUUGCUCAACAACAAAAUGAUGCAAAACUGGCAAUUUACAGGAAGAAGCUAAGAAUUGCGGAACUGAAAGAGCAGUUGCUCCUCAAGCAACUACAAGGGCAGAGUAUUGGCAGCCCAAUGCAUGAAACAUUUUUGUGACUAUUGAGCGUGUAAAAUAAAAACCUAUUAAUGAUGAAAGAUGGAAGUCACUGGCAAGGCUAGCCAGCUUUAGGACUCGAACCCACCUCUUCUGGAUUACUGGCCCAGGCCUCUACCAAUUGAGCUAAGCUAACACACCUCCCCAGUGACUUCCAAGGGAGCGUCCAUCUGAAGGGACAAACCAACCACUCUCUCUCAUUCAUCCCCCUUUGACUCUUACAUUUUUCUCUUGUUGUCGUUGCGCCACUAAACUCCUAAUCAUCAUCAUCUUACAUUUUUCUCACUCAUACACACAUUCAUACGACAGGAUCGACGCAAGCGGCAUCAUUUGAACAUGGUAGAGCCCUGGACCGGUAAUCCAGAAGAUGUGGG